AUGGCCCAAGGGGGCACACUCCACGCUGUGACGCAGAGUCAGGGGCGAAGACAUGGGCAGGCUGUGGCCACCACCAACCAUACCACCGAAAGUAUACAUAAGGCCGCCUUUGGCCCAUUCCGUCUGUCCCUUUCUGCUUCACCCUUUCCACUCGCCUCAUCCACUACAUGCCCCAUGCUUACCACAGAAGAGGGACGUCCGCCGAAGUCGCCCGCCAUGGAUACCGCGCAAGCCAAGGAUACAGUCGACAGUAUGCUGGAGAACCCUCCACUCAUACUCGAACUCAUGAAGGCGGUGGCUUCAUUCAUCAGCGUGGGCCAGAAGCAAGCAAGUGGUUACCCGUUUCUCUCCCAAUCCCUUUCCAAGAUGGCUUCAGAGUGCGACAGUGCCAUAUCGAUGUUGCAGGAAUAUAUGCCGCCUCAUCUCAUGGUCGCACUACAGACUCCCCCUGACUCGACGUCACCAACGCCUGGGGCCCCAGGACCACCACGCAUCCCGAUGCUCGAUCUUCUUCCUCCGCUACGACUAAGUAUUGGCCAAUUUGACACGGAGGAGCCAGCGCCCUACAACGGAAGUCGGGAUAGCGGAAGCCACAACCUCGGAUCGACCAGUCAACUAUCCACUGCAACAAGACCAGUCGAGUUUCCCGGUGACAAAGAACCGCGCCUCACACAGAACCAGCCCGGCGAGGAAUGCCAAACCAUCGAACAGGCGUCGCAUACCGUCAUACCCUUUUUGGAGGGGGGCUGGCUAUCCACCCCUAGCGAUGAUGAGAUAGUCAGAGAGCUAUCCCGUUUUCCGCUGGCAUCAUCUUCCAGAAGCGAAGAGACUUCCUCUCAACCACCUACCACCUGCAUCCCCUUCCCAGAAUGCCUUGGUACUGUCUUUACACCAACAACAGGGAAUGGUGAUCUCCUUGAGGGCUACUCUAGUUCUUUCCAUACCAACGGCACGGACCAGUCUGGCAUGUUCUUCGGUGCACAAAUUCUCGAAGAGCAGUUGCAGGCACUGUGCAGAACGGAUCCGGGGCAGCACGAGUCGUUUCUCGAAUGCACGACUCCCGUCUCACCAUGUCAGCAACACGGCACUAGCACGCCGAUCCGGCCAGGACUUGAAGGAGCUACGGGCGGUUGCCUGACUAAUUCAUACGCGCCACCGACGAUGCCUUUGGAGCCAAUGACUCUUCUCUCGGAAGCAAAUCUCCUCACCAGCGCUGCGCCGGACACCUGCUGCCCUGCCGAUCUCACAGUGGUACCGCCAGACCCCGAGGCAGACCUGGCGAAUGCGGCCGUCUCAACGACAGAGACCGGUGACACGGAGACAGCAUCCACGUGCGUCAGCGCCGACGCCGAGGAGCAGGCCAACCUGAGCCAGACACGGCAGGGUGACACGCGCGCUGAUUUCUCGGCAACGGAGACUGCUACGAAGCGCAAAAGACCAAGCGAUAGGGACGAUCCGUUCCCCAAGCGCCGAAAGGUUCAACUCGAGGCAGUCGAGGUCAAGCUGACUGUGGAUGCGCCCUCCUACCUCUUGGGUGCGGAUCACUGCUCUUGGGUGCACGAGACCACGGGGGAAAGCUCUGUAGUAGCGUUCAACGAUCUGCAAGAGACUUCGCGGGUGGGAGUGCGCGUGUGCGACGUGCAGUCCGACCAAGAAGAUCAAACCAUCUGGUUGUAUCACGACGACGGAAGGAAAAAUUGGAAGUGGCGAGGUACGGGCGAGGGAGGCAGGUCGUUGGGUGUAGCCAAAGUCACCCUUAGUUGCCUAGUGCAGAAACCAGGUAGGGGGCCGUUUGAGGGUACCUAUCUUUCGUAG